GAUGCUGGUUUUUAGCACACGUGAUUAAUGUAAUUGUGCGUCCUGGAAUAGGCCACUAUAAAGAACAGGCAGCCAACCCCGGCGGUCACGUGGUGCAGGGUGCAGCGACGUCAUUAGGGCAGAGAUUUGUGGAGAAUAAGCAGAGAGAAAGAGCCCAGGAGGUGCGGUACUUUCUGAGCCUUUGCAUCGUUCCUGUUGUUUUUUUCCCGACCAGAGAGAGAACAGAGUAUCUGUUCAACAUUUUGGAGACCCAAAUGCCCGGUCCCACCCAAGCCCUUUCCCCAAAUGGAGAGAAUAACAACGACAUCGUCCCGGACAACGGAACCAACAUCAUUCCUUACAGGAAAAAUACAGUGCGGGGAGAGCGCGCCUACAGUUGGGGCAUGGCGGUCAACGUAUAUUCUACCUCAAUAACCCAGGAGACUAUGAGCAGGCAUGACAUCACUGCCUGGGUUAAUGAUAUUCUCUGCCUAAACUAUACAAAAGUGGAGCAGCUCUCCUCAGGAGCUGCCUAUUGCCAGUUCAUGGAUCUGCUCUUCCCUGGUUGUAUCAGUCUUAAGAAGGUCAAGUUUCAAGCUAAACUGGAGCAUGAGUACAUUCACAAUUUCAAACUGUUACAGGCAUCCUUCAAAAGGAUGAAUGUGGACAAGAUUAUUCCUGUGGAGAAACUGGUUAAAGGCAGAUUUCAGGAUAAUCUUGAUUUCAUCCAGUGGUUUAAGAAGUUCUUUGACGCUAAUUACGAUGGUAAAGAGUAUGACCCGGUUGCAGCCAGGCAGGGCCAGGAUGCUAUUCCCCCACCUGAUCCCGGUGAGCAGAUCUUCAACUUGCCAAAGAAGUCCCACCAUGCAGCCAGCUCCCCUACUGCAGGAGCAUCAAGGUCAGCCUCUACAACCCCUAAACCCUCAACACCGACAUCCAGACCCUCGUCGGCCAAAAAGAUCCUUGCAACUACAACAACUCCUGCCAAAGGAGAGAAAGAACUGGAAGCGCAGGUCACACAUCUUACUGAACAGGUGAACACACUAAAGUUGGCACUGGAAGGGGUAGAAAAGGAGAGAGACUACUACUUCAGCAAGCUGCGAGAGGUGGAGCUGUUGUGCCAGGAACAGGGCGAAGAAAAUGCCCCAUUUGUCGAGCGACUAAUGGAGGUCCUUUACGCCUCAGACGAACAGGAAAGAGCAGAGGCUGAGGGUGAUGGACAGGAAACGGACCAGCAAGCCCAUGAGGAGGCAACAGAUGAUCAGCAUGAGGAACAGGAUGAAUACUGACUGCUGUCAUCCCUCACUACAGUUACACCCCUCUUUUUAAAUAUGUGAGAACUGUUAAAGGAUUUCAAGUAUUCCUCAUUGUUUAUUUUUAGCUCCCUCCAAGACUGAGCACAUGAAGCAACCUCCUGAAUAGAAGCACCAUCACAGUUUUAUUUUCUUUUGUAUCCUUCUACUCACUGUUUGACAUGUUUUGUGACUUUUGGUGAACUGCUGUGGCAGGUUUGUGGUGACAACCUCCACCAGCAGACAAGCUCAGACCAUCACAGGUUUCCAAGGACAUGUGGGUGGAAAGUCAGUUUGAAUCCUACAGUAGAUGUGUUGAAAUGCUGAAGUUUAUACAGGUAACCGUUACCUCUUAGUGCAAGUAUUAACUUCCCAGCUUUGGUCCUUUUCAUUUGAUUUUGUUUUUAUUUUGCAUAUCAACAAUAUUAAUCGCAAGAAUGCAAUAAGCAAAGCCCUGAAAGGGCUCUAGUAGCUCUUAUUUAACCUCCUUCCAUAUGUUGCACUGACAUUUGACUCUGUAUUGGACAAUCUGUCCAUAGGCUCUCACCAUAUUUAUUAUUUUUAAAAGCCUUAGGAAUAGUGCAAGAUUCUGAAUUGCAUCCUCAUGAAGGAGGGCAAUACAGUGGAUGAAUUGUGAAUAAAAAUGUAGUACAAUUCCAUUGUAUGACUGUUUGACAGCUAUCCUCACAAAUUAGAAGACUUCAGAUAAUCAGUGUUCUAAACAAUGUAUAAUUCACACCACACAACUGGUCUGAUAAUAGAAUUUACUUGGUAUUCCAUAAACAUAGGGAAGGAGAAACAAUGUGGACUAGUCUUAUUAUAACACAGCAUUUCAGGUUUCAGUUUUUUUAAACAGGUUUUAGGGAGAUGAGUCGGUUCACUGAGUAAUUUGCCAUGCUAUAGUCCAGUAAAUACAUUGUAUACCCUUUCUUAAUAUUGCAUUUACUAAUAUUGAACUGGGCAGUGCACCACUAUGCGUCAGUCAUAUAUAAUUGUGUAAAUGAAAAGGAAUGUAAACAUGUACUGUCAAUAAUUGAUAAAUGGUAAAUGUCUUUUUCAUGUCCCACUUAUGCAUUCCCCAAAAAAUGUGUUGCAUGUUUGCAUUUUACAGUUGUGUAAACAUUUGCAUCCCCUUACUUUGAAAAGGCAAAAAGAGUAAAAGAAUUUUUUCCUCAACAUAAUAUUUAAUGCACAUUCAGAUAGUACAAA